AUGAAGCAUGAUUUGCCAAUGGCGGACAGCACGCCGGCCCUUGGGGUGGAACGCGAGCCGUCUCCGUUGCCCGCUCAGCCUGGUACUCCUUUAUCUAUGCCUGGGCAAGGCGAGACCCCUCGGAAACCCUCUGGGGCUCGAGGUAGAGAAACCCAAGACCCCUCGCCAUCUCUUGACGUAGGAUCGUCGGAACCAUGCCCGUUCCUCAAGAGGAUAUCCUCGUCACUCUUUCAAAGUCCCUUUAGUGCGUCGGUCGUCGCGAUCCGUCGCAUAAAGUCUAGAUCUAAGUCCAAGUCCAAGUCCAAGCCUCGAUCUGAGGCGUCUCCUGCGUCUACGGAUGGAACUCCUAACCAGCCCUUCCCCGCCUGUCCUCACGAGGCCGCCGCCGCCUUAAAUCCCGAUGGUAACUCGAAUGGCUACAGUAAUAGCAACACAACGUCAAGCGGCAAAUCGUCCGGUCCCACUAGCCGCAGUGCCACCACCGGCAAGACCUCUCUCGAAUCCAAAAUCUCGAGCAGGGGCGACACCUCCGGAGACAAGAAACCCGGGAGUGUCAUCCACGAACGAGACUCGGAUGCUACUUCUGUUCCGGACUCGAACUUUUCUCCCAUUCGGGAGACAGCUCUGGAUCUGACGGCGCCCACUGUCUUGACCAUUGAGCGGGCGGCUGCCGCAAAAAUAUAUCUCGAAACCCACUUCAACGAGAAACUCUCUAGGCCAAGCCCGCGCUCCCUUCGCCGAAGAUAUCUGGAGGGAGAGCUGUAUUAUAGCUACGGGCUCACGGAGGCAGAGAAGAACGCCAGACGCCGGGUGUUCUGCCGGAGAGAGACCGACAAUCUUCGCGAAACCCGCGCUUUGAAAGCGAGAAGUCUCGGCGCCCUGCGGGGAAAGCACAACCGGCCUGCUGAAAACUAUGAGAUUUUGAAGAUCCUCGGAAAGGGGAGUUUUGGUGUUGUUAGGCUUGUCCGUGAGAAGGCCAUUACUGGUGGUACGGAUAUAGGCCGAGGCAACCAAGUAUAUGCCAUGAAGGUGAUUCGCAAGUCGGCAAUGCUGAAGACGAGCCAGGAGGCUCACUUGCGUGCCGAACGAGAUUUCCUAGUUGCUUCGGAGGGCGCGAGAUGGAUCGUGCCUUUGGUCGCCAGCUUUCAGGAUAUCGACAACCUUUAUCUCGUCAUGGACUAUAUGCCCGGAGGCGACUUUCUCGGCCUUCUUAUUCGUGAGAAUAUCCUCACCGAAUCCGUCGCUAAAUUCUACGUUGCCGAGAUGAUUUUGUGUAUCGAAGAAGCACACUCGCUGUGCUGCAUCCAUCGCGAUAUCAAGCCGGACAAUUUUCUCAUCUCGUCAUCCGGCCACCUGAAGAUCUCGGAUUUUGGCCUGGCCUUCGACGGUCAUUGGUCGCAUGACACCAAUUACUACCAUACCCAGCGAUAUAACUUGCUCCAGAGGUUCGGUAUACCGGUGGAGGGAGAUGCUAUCGACCGCGCUGAGGGCCUACACGGCUCUGUGAAGUGGGCCCAAGGCGUGGCGCAGGCGACUCGGAAACACGAACGCUAUCCGACACCAUAUCUAAGCUCGUCUUCGGCUGCGUUGGACGAGCCACUUCUGAAUUGGCGUAACCGGUGUGGUAGUCGCAGUGCGGCGAGGUCUUGCUGGAGUGUCGGCGUCAUUUUAUAUGAGUGUUUAUACGGCCAUACUCCGUUUCUGUCGGAGGAGGGCGGGCGCCAGCAGACGAAGCGCAACAUCGUCAACCACAAGCAGACCUUUGCUUUCCCACCUCGCCCCGCCGUGUCGAGGCGGUGUAUUGAUCUUAUUGCCAACCUCAUCUGCGAGAAGGAGAGCCGUCUCUCGUCGAGACGUUAUCGUUACCGAGACAUGAACUUGGGACCUUAUAGCAGCGGGAGGUCCCACACCAGGGGACACCAGAACUGGGCCGGUCGAUCGGUAUAUCCCCACGACGCAGAGGACAUCAAAGCGCACAAGUGGUUCCGCGACAUCCCUUGGGAUCGGAUCCACCAGGUCAUCCCGCCGUUUGUCCCACGUCUCGGGAGUCGCGAGGACACGUAUUACUUCAACGAGGAGGAACCCAUAUCGGACUGGUCCGAAUCCCAGUCCGAGACGUCAUCUAGGCCCGAGGACGUUGCUUCGACUCUGAUAACGGGAACCGCCCUUAACGGAUUCCUCGACGCGGCGGCGGUUCCACGCGGCGGCAUUGCUCUUCACCGGGACCCGGAGAGGAUAGCAGCCCUGCAAGCCCAGCUAUUGAUGUUUCCCCGCUAUGUCCGCACCAGGCUCGGGCAGUUCAUAUCGGCGCCGCACAACUCGUCUAAGCUCAAGCGCAUGGAUCGGGACAUUGAGGGGUUGGCCCUCGAUGCGGAGCUGCGCGAGAGGAUGAAGGCAUUUGUGCGUGCGUUUGGGUGCCGCGAGAGGAAGCGGCCGCGGGACAGGCUGCUGCGGGAUCGGAGCACGAAGGCAGCGGUGCUCGAGGUGCGCAAACAGACAGCCUUUCUCGGAUACACGUACCGGCGCAUCAGGGACAGCGGCCAGGGAGUCGUCGGCCGGGGCGCCGCCUCUGAGGGGGGAGACGACGGUGAUGGCGGCGGCGGCGGCAGUGGGAGCGGAAAGGCGCGCGAUGGAGGAGUCGAACUUGCUACCUACCGGGCUUUGUGUCACGCACGAGGGGCUUAAGCGUGGAUGGCUCGGUUAAAUCGUCGCGAAGCUUGCAUACAUGCCCGGGCGAACGCGGUCACGGUAACAACGGAGGUAGGGAUCAAGCCACUUACGAGGAAUCACGUAAGGAUUGUCGCGUAGCCCGCACACACAUGCGCGCGUACGUGAAAGAAGGAUUAUCCUCAGAAUUACCCUCAGAAUUACUUGGUAUCCUUACAUACUCCAGGGUCCGCA